UUGAUGUCCGAAGAAGUAGAACCAAACUCAGGCUCAGCAGAGGUCCAAAAGCAGGGCGGGAAAAUGACGAAAGAAAAGGCCAACAAGGGUCGUUACGCGGCUACCCACUUGCGACACGCGGUGUGGACGUUCCUUGCGAUGUUUGUGAUGUUAGUAGGAGUGACAGCUCUGAUACUGUGGAUAGUGUAUCGUCCCCACAAGCCUCAAUUUACGGUGGUUAAUGCGGUCAUCUACGACCUCAACAUCACGUCUCCUCCCAUCAUCUCCACCACCAUGCAGUUCACCAUCGUCACUCGCAACCUGAACCGCCGGGUUUCCAUUUCCUACGACCGUCUCUCGGCCUUCGUCUCCUACCGGAACCAGGAGAUCACGCCGCCUACCGUGUUGACGCCGCUGUUCCAAGAGCGGCACAGCACGGUGGCUCUGUCACCGAUUUUGGGGGGAAGGGCGGUGCCGGUGUCGAUGGAGGUAGUGAAUGGGCUGGUGAUGGAUGAGGGGUAUGGGGUGGUGGGCUUGAGAUUGGUGGUGUUGGGAAGGUUGAGGUGGAAGGCUGGACCCUUUUGGAGUGGACACCACAGAGUUUAUGUCAAGUGCGGUAUGCUUGUUGGUUUGAAGAAGGGGUUUGUUGGUCAGGUGCCCCUGUUUCGAUCUUCUGAUUGCAGAGUUGAUAUUUGA